AUGCACCCGCCACGCCAACACGCAGAGAGCGAGGUCCGUUCCUGGGGCUUUGCCCAUGUUUUCACCUGGACAGACGCCCCCAAUGCACACUACCCGCCGCACAAGCACAGCACCAAAACAACCCAUCUCGUCCUCGACGGCUCCAUAACCUAUACCUAUCCCAACGACCCACACGCCAAAAGAGAGACCAUAGGCCCCGGCGCAAGGUGGGAUGUCGACGCACACAAGGUGCAUCAAGUCUGGGUCGGCAGCCAAGGGUGUACCUAUGUCAUUGGCGAACAAUAG